GUUCUCGUGGGCACCGGUCGUUUCCGAAACUCGUCGAGAUCAGCGAUCGACCUUCGACGAAAAAAAAUCAUCGGUUGAACAACUUCCCACUACGGUGACAGUCAUUUACAUAAAACAGACAAAUAAAAUCUUCCCUCCAAUGCCAUCCCAUUGGUUUCAAUCGUCAGUGAACGAACUCUGUUUUCUUUUUCCUUGAACAUCUGUGAAUGGUGUACUUUGUGGUAUACAUAAACGGAAAACAACUUUUGAAGAACCUGAAAUCAUUUUUAAAGGAACUAAAGAGUUCAUCGAAUUUUUGGAAAUCACUGAAGGACUAUGUUGUUUAUACUAUAGAAUUUUACGUGAUACGUGAAGAAUUCGCGAUUUGAUUAGUAAAUUCAUGAACGAUAAAAAUCGGUAAAAAUUCUGUAAAAAUAUGUUUAUAAUAUUUUCAUUUAACGGAGUAUAUGUAAGGGUCGAUAAAAGGCUUCAUUGUCGCCGAGGGAUCGAAGGAUCUUUGAGUAAUACUAUUUUUCUCUGAUCUCAAGAGUUCGUGAUGUCUCUUUUCAUUGAUUGAAGAUACACAUCAAAAGAACUCUUAUUCCCGACGGAUUCGCCGAAUGCGUAAUAUUGCGGAGCUUCGAUACACCGUCGAAAUUCUUCGGUUUUUUUUUCGUAGGAGCUGAUACUGGACGCCCGUAUGGUGUAACGAUUAUACCCAGCGGAGCGAACUAUCUUCGUAAAGCUUCCGUAAAUGGCGUUUAAUAUUGCGAUGAUUUAUGAAGAGACCAAUCAAGCGAUACUGUAUUUUUUCCCGCUAUAAAUAACUGAGAAGCUGCAGCAAACAAACGACAAAGUUUCGUUACUGACUGAAGAUAGUGCUUAAUUUGGCAGCAUUGAUAAAUUCCAGUGAACGGUUAGCGAUACUUCCAAAUAUCCAAAAAUACCUCGCUGAUUACAUAAAUAAAUCACGAGAUAGUGGUUAAUGAAUAAAUGAAAGAAUACGUGAGAAAUAUUCGAAAAACUUAAACAGUGAACAAGUUCGAUUUCCUUUUGUUUUAUGUAUGAAAAAUAUUCACACGAGACGCAUACGUUAAUAUCGAUUAUUCUAACAAAGUUAAGAAACCAAGGGACAGAAGCUGUUUCUAGAAACCAAGUAACAUAUUCCCACGAGUAGAAUGCUCACGCAAAGGAGCAACUUUUUCCAUCUUUUAAUUAAUUAAAAAGGUCAAGUUCGGCGGGAUAAACUAGAUUGUGAAGAUGGCUGACUGUAUUAUCGUCUCGUAUCACAAUUCCACUAACAAUUUAUUUAUAAAAAUCUCGUUUCACCGUGCAACGAAUAUAAAAGAAUAAACUUAUAAGAAUAUAAAUGAAAAGUUACACUACCAAUAAAUUUCUCAUUCACGCGUAAAGAGAAGAUUAAAUAAUGUUUAAUCAUUAUUAAAUGAUUAAUGAAGAGUUUUUCGACGAUCACAAUAUUUCGACUUCGUGGACCAUCGGUUGACUGACUACGACGGAUAAGAAACGCAUCUAGAACUCGUUGUUCAAUCAUUCGAAUAGCGAUGACCCGGAUCACGGUUGACGAUUAACGCUAAUGGAGCAAUGUGACCGUGAUAACGCGAACGACACCGUUGUUUGCACGUCGCGGCUCAGAAAUAGCGACAAGUGUUCGUCGUUCACGGAACACCGUGGAUCUGAUUAUGACACCGGCGAAGAUGCGAGUGCUCGACACCAGUGAAUCGCGUGUAGACCGAAAUAGUGUUGAAUGCGACGAAUCAAUCUCCGGUGACGAUUAAACGCGUUCCCACCGACUAAUGCCUUCGCGGCAGACGGUUCGACGGAUAAUCGAAGAGCUCAGACAGUUGCGGAUAGACCACGGGAUGAUCGAGUCGUAUCGUUGGAGGUGGGGUUGAAUCGGUAAUUCGAUCGAGGAAUAAUCACUCGGGAAGUUAUUAAGGUGUGAUGAAUGAAAAAGUUGAGAAUUUGUGGGCAACACUUGUAAUUAGUGAAAUUAAAGAUAAAUGUGUAGAAAUUUUGUUUAAAUUCUAUUUAAAUUCGAGUAAUUAACAGAUUAACAUGUGUGACACUAGUGUCGAAGUGAUUUGAUGGAUUAUUGAGGAACGUUCGAAUGAAUUUUUAGUACAGUAGGUUAAAAGCAUGAUAAGAAUCAUUUUAGUUCGUUUCAGUGUAAUGAGUAAUAUAGAUUAUGAAGUAACAGGAAAGAGUAGUAAGUAAAGUAAAAAAAUGUUUAAGAUUAGAUGUACGGUUUCAAAGUUAACGAAUAAAGAAAUUCAGAGUUCGUGUUGUAUUAAUCGAUCAAUGUUCGUUGAAUAUUCGUGUUGUGCCGGAUGUUUGAAGAAGAAGUAAAAAGAAUUUGAGGGAUUGAUAUGAUACAUAGAAAAUUCGUAAUUCGAUGUUUGACAAGUAACAAGCCGAAUCGCAAAGAAAUGUUCUGAAAAGUGUGAACCCGACAGAUCGAUCCGUCAUUGAAUGCGGUUAACCAGACAGUUCUCUGUGUGAAAACAAAUUAAUCGCUGUGACGAUUGUUUACAGCCCACUUGCUCGGUGAAACGAAGAAUCACAUACGUUCGAUUGUUUACCGUGCAAAGAAACGCUAUGUAAAAUCGAAGUAUUCGUUUUAAACUUAAAUAGAAUAAGUGAAAUUUCCAUCAAAACGACAGACAAGAAAGCCGAACGUGAGAUUCGUGGAAUUUUAGUAAAAUUCACAGGAUAUCCUUUGAAACGACCGACGGGCCACUCGAGCGUGAGAUAUAUGAAAUUCUAACUAUAUUUAUAAGGAUUUCAUCGCAAAAGAACGUGAGAGGCAAGAACGAAAUAUGUUGGAUUUUAGCUAGACCAGUGACGUUUUCGUUGAAAAGUUAAACGAGAAAGCGAAACGUGAAAUUGGCGGAAGGGACCGUCGAAAAAUAUACCCGAUAGAUGUGUACAGAUAUCGAUACUUUAAUGGAGAAGAAAGGAUGAACACUUUUCAGUGAGAACCGGUUUCGAUUAAAAAGAAACUAACGCUUCACGGACAAAAGCAAUUUAGUUUACUAGAAACCUGCUCUGGCUUCAUUACUAUAACCCGUGCAGGGACUGUAAUUACCGCAAUUAGUGUCGCGAGAGGAGAUAUUAACAAUUGUUUAGAGACCGUUGAAAGUUCUACUCGACACGUCCUGGAAUCUGUUAAUCGGUUUAAAGGAACUGCUCAAAAUACCUGGGAACUUUGAAUAAUCGAGUGUAGUGGAUUUGACGGUAAUUGCGCCCAGGAUUGUAAAGGUGCAGAUGUCUGUCUUACAUGAUGAGAUUCCGUAAUUUAAUUGAAUUACGCCCGAUACGAUAAAUAAAGCGAUCAGUGUAAUCGGAUUAAUCAUCGCGAGAUGAUCCUUUGAAACGCGCACUGGAAAUAUUCUGAGAGGUUCUAAUGAUGUGAUCGAAUAACAAUCUAUCACGAGUUAACUAUCCGAUGAUUGUUUAUACUAUUUAUUUUGAAGUAAAAUAAUACGAGAAGUAGUUCAACCGAACGACUGUUACGGUAGACGAUAUAAAUUGGUAGAACAAUUGUGGAAGAGAGGAGCCAGCUGCAACGAAUUGAUUAUUGUGACCGUAGAAAUAUGUAUUCGUUCGAAGACGCGAUCGGAGGAGACAUCAGUCACCCGUAGGUGUCACGGGACGUUGGUUACCGCUGACACGUGGACCUGACGGUGCAGACUCGGGGGUCCAUAAUAAACCCGCGCCGCCUUGGCGAUCUUCUAUUAAUAUGUCCCCGAGGAGAACAAUUUCUAUUCGUCGACUGGAGCAGACAAUUUUUCGCGGAGGCGUUCCGCUCGAUGUGAUCUAUUUUCGAGGCCCCGUAUCGAUCCCGAGGCUACCUCGGGCCGGACAGAUUGUUUAGCAACACUUAACGAGCCGUUCGCUGCGGCCCGGUCGAGUCGUGGACGCGCCAGAGGCUAAGGAGAAACCUCAACAGAAACAUUUAUCCGCUGAACCGACAGCGGGACGAGUCUAAUCGAUCCAUCAGCACGCUUCUGUCCGGAUCAAAUUGGUCGGAAUUAAUUUAAUUGCCGGCAACGGUAGACUUUCAAACGUCACGAGUGUCCAUCGACCAAGCUACCCAAAAAUGAAGGUCGUUGCACGCAGUUGCUACCAUCGGGACCAGACGACAGUAAAUAAAUCUUUGGAGCUGUAUCUACCAGAAACGAUCGCAUAAAAAACCGAAAGGGGAUGAACUGAAUUCCUCCGUGGAUAGUUCAACGUAGCAGCUAGUCAGUCGCAGCCCUAGUCACUCUGAUCCUUAAAGGAACAGCCUCCUCUCGUUACCAAGUUCCCAACCCGAAGAUGAUCACGAGAAGCUUGAACUUAUCGUUGGAUCUCGAGGGACCGAUUCAGUCGACCGUGGAAUACAAUCCGGUUGGGGACGAUCCGUUGAUCCUCGCCGCGACAUUUGUCAAUCACACCAACCCUAUCGUCGCGUUCCUCCAGCAAGAGGACUCGUCCACGAGACGAGACCCCCUGUACAUCGUACUGCCGAUCACUGUUAUUUACGCGGUGAUUUUCUUCACCGGGCUGAUCGGGAACGUGUCCACGUGUGUGGUGAUCGCACGUAACAAGUCCAUGCAUACCGCCACCAAUUACUAUUUGUUCAGUCUGGCGAUCUCUGAUUUACUGCUGCUGCUGUCUGGCCUGCCGCAGGAAAUGUACUACAUAUGGUCCCGUUUCCCGUACGUGUUCGGAGAGGCCUUCUGCAUUAUUCAGGGAUUCGCCGCGGAGACGUCGGCGAACGCCACCGUCCUGACUAUCACUGCGUUCACCGUCGAAAGGUAUGUGGCGAUCUGUCACCCUAUCAUCUCGCACACGAUGUCGAAGCUCUCCCGUGCGGUCAAAUUUGUCAUCGUGAUUUGGAUGCUGGCGCUCUGCCUGGCCGUGCCACAGGCGAUCCAGUUCGGGAUCGUUUAUGAGUACAGCAACGGCUCGGCCAUUUUGGACAGCGCUAGAUGCUCGGUGAAAUCGAUCCUAAUCGAGCACGCUUUCCAGAUAUCGACCAUGCUCUUUUUCGUUGUCCCUAUGACAAUCAUCACGGUUCUGUACAUCUUGAUCGGAAUUCAGUUGAGAAGAUCGAGAUUACUCACCGUAACUGUGAAAAGGAAUCAUUUACCGGCCGGAUUGGUCCAUUGUGACAGUGGCAGAGGAAAGAGCGCCGCCCAGAGGAAUGUCAUUCAUAUGUUGGUUGCAGUGGUUGUGGCGUUUUUCAUCUGUUGGGCACCGUUCCAUGCCCAAAGACUGUUGGCUGUCUAUGCGCAGAGCACGAAGGCCGAACCGGAAGACGCGUUAGUGAUAGUUUACACCAUCCUCACGUACGUGUCAGGGGUAUUUUAUUACCUCUCCACGACGGUGAAUCCACUUCUGUACAACAUCAUGUCCAACAAAUUUAGAGAAGCUUUCAAGUCGAUGCUGUCCAAUCGCUGCGGUCGAAAGUCAGUCCCCAGACAGCCAACAUAUAGUAGUCUUUUAAAAUACCCGAGGUCCACGAUCAGGAAGACGGAUGAUCGUCAGAAUUCACCGUCGAUAUCCGUCAGCGACGAUAACCAGAAAAUGACAAGCGUCGGUUGGCCAACGAUGUCCACCGAUUUAAACAGUCUGCCAAAGGAACAAGAAAAUCGACAGGUUACGAAGGUGAGUAGGAUUCACGGCCACGAGUACGAGAGGACCGUGUCCAGAAGAUCAAAUUUUAGUCAACUCAUGUUGAUGACUUCAAUCAGCAAGAAUUUCAACGAGGGUAACAACAACGUCGGCAUGUCCUGCGUCAACGAGUGCCUGCUGAAGAUUCAGCGACCACCGAGGACUGCCACUUUUGAAAUUCUCGCCGUAAGAUUGAGGCAAGGCACGAAAGGUCUCUUCUCGUUGCAGCCAAAAAUCACCAGCAACUCUUCAACGAAACCGGAAACUGCGACCGCGUUGCCCCGGCUUCAAAGCCACCCGAUCACUGAGAGAAUCAGCAAUUCCAGUUUGCAAGAUCUUGAUGAGACCAAGUUCACCGGCACAGUAUUGGCGCAGUAGUUGGAUAGAGUGAAUUACGAUGUAAUCACUUGAAUGCCUCUUCCCGGCGAACUAUGUCUGACUACUGUUCUCCAGCAAAACUUCUCCGUUUCUAUGCUUAAUCUCUCAACCGUCACCUGCAGAACUGGAAUUCAAUUCUUCCUAGUGAAAAGACGUUCUAAGUAUAUUACAGUGGAACCUCGAUUAUUCAAUCCUUGAUUAUCCGAACUCUCAAUUAUUCCAACAAGUGAUACAUUAAUUUUCAUUUGUUUUACUAAUAAAUUGUCCGAAGAAUUUGACUAUCCGGACCAUCCUGUUCCAAUUAGUUCGGAUAAUUGAGGUUCUACAGUAUACUGUCCUCACAGCAAGCCACGAAGCUCGACCGCCAAACAAUUGUAAUAUGAUACGUUGUUCAAUGGUGGUAGAUAUCGGUAAGACAAUAUUAAUGCAAGGAUAAAACUUUUUUAUAAGGGUCUCUUUUGUAAAUGAAACUUUUGUUAACACAUUUGUGAGACUUUUCUGAUUAAAACAAGACCAGACAUGGCACACUUUUAAUCACAAUUUACUAAAAGAAAAUAAAUUAUUAUAAUUUAUUAAAUAAGCAAAUAUAUUCCAACAUAUAUCUUGUUCGUCUUCGUUUUAAUCACAGAAACCUCACAAUUUAAUUGAUAAAAGUUUCAGCCAAUAAAAGUGAAAAAUAAGAAAGUUUAACGUUGCAUUGUGUCCCCUCAUUCAUCUGUUUAUUUUGAUCGUUCCGAAGUUCCGAUCUCUUGUUCUUUCAUUCGCCCCAUCUUUUUCUACAAGAAGACAAACAGAGGAGCCCGACUCGGAUCUUAUCUUGACUUGGAAUAAACACCACUGCGCGAUUAGUGCCCGAUUGCAGUCCCGACUAUCGGGUAUUAAUCGCGAGAAUACUGUACCGCCCGUUGCAGCAAACCUGGCACUCGUAACGUCAUAGGAAGGGAGACAGUCGCAUCGAGAAAUCCAAUUCUGAGUUCGGAAACAGUUCUUAGCGCUCUCAAUCAAAUUAACAGAUUAGUAUGCGUGAGCAUCUCAGUGAAUCAUAUGCCGGAAUCGAAAAUCUGUGUGUGCAAGGCGUGCGUCUUCGAAUCUGGCCAUUCAGACAAGAGUGCCAGGUUCGUUGCAAUAGACGGUACUGUACUCAUACUAUGUAUCCCUUCCUCUGUUUUUCUUUCUUUUUCGAUGGAAGAAGGAACCUGUAACGAAUUUUUCUAAUUUAAGUCGCGAAAUUUGCGCAAACAUCGAUGUAAAUAGUCCUAUUUAAUAGUAGCGAUAAGUGUGAACACGUAACAUUAUGGUGCAUUUAACGAAUUUCAAGUGACUUGCUUCUUCUCUCGAGGAUUGACAAUAAAUGUGCUACUGUUCAUAAUUAUUCGAUCGAUUCGUAUGUAUGUAUUAUACCAUUUUCAUCUUAAAAUGGUUUACUUUCAACAAUAAUUCGACUGAGUACCGAUUGAAGUUAACGUCAGUGUUUGAAUAAAAUAUUAAGAUGUAUGUUACUUGCUCCUUCUUGCGAAACGGCUAAUAUGUUGACUGGUAAUAUUCAUACGUUUAAUAUUUGUUAUUAUCAAUAUAAUGAUUCACGUGCUGAUUCAGGAAUUUAAUGUUUAAAUCAUUAUGCUGGUACUAAUUACGUGCAAGGAACUGUGAAAAUAAGGCAAUUUGCGCACGGAAAUGCAUUACAAAUGACAGGAUACGAUUAUAACUAUAGAAAAAUAACGCAGUAAGAUAUAUACACAUAACAUCACUUGUCACUUCAUUUCGCCACAGUACUAAAUUAAAAUUACUAUUCUUUACCAAUUCUUUCCUCACAAGAACUAUAUCAUAAUAAUGUGAUUAAAUAAAUACUAAGUCCUUUUUAUUUAGUUGAAAUAAUAAGGGUUCUAAUAGUUUUUAAACAAGUGCAUUUGCUUUUGAGUUUGUAAAAAAUAUUAUUGAUAAAUGACAAGUAUUACUGAAAAUAAUAUAACCGUCAAAGUGUUAAAAUUGGAAAAGGACUAAUUUUAUGAUAUCGUAGACUACGUAGUUGCUAGAAUUUAAGAAAAUAAAUACGUGGUGAUAAUCAGCAGCUGAAUAUGUUCCAAUAAAUACGUUAAUAUGUUCGAAUAGUUACGAACACUUAGCACUAUACCAGUUGUAAUAACGCGCAAUCCUUGCCAGCGGAAGCAUUUUAAUUUAAUUGUUCAUUGCAUUUUCAGUCAUCGGUUCCAUUGAAAACAGUCGAAUUUAAUUUGAUUUAGGAAAAUCAAAUUAAAACGAUGGCGUCAAUCAAGAAAUAGCGAUUAAGACUUUACAUUAAAAGAACUCUCAGUUCUGAAUAGAUUUGACAGUACUAUCAGAAAUAUCAACAAUGAAAAUGACAGUUUAAGCAUAUACAUAUUCCUUUUACAAUGAUCGACAAAGAAAGUACUUACCUUAUACAGGGUGUUUCAUAAAGUGUAAUCAUAAUUAUAUAAACAAAAGCGGCCCGUAAAAAUAACGGAGGCUUGUAUAAAGAAAUGCUUCAUUAUGCGAUCACAAACGAAAAUGCUGAGUGUCCAAUGAAUACAUGAUUGAAUUCACUGCAUUUAGAAUUUGUCAUACACGAACAUUAUCAUUAAAGCGAUUCUUACAACUGCGCUUCUUAAUAAAACAGCGUCUACUGAAAAUUUCCAACGAACUUUUUGCCAAGAACGUUUAAACCAGGAGUGUCCAACCUUUUAGAUUCCCUAGGACUCAGUGGAAGAAGAGUUGUUACAAAUCGCAUAUAAAUUAACCCUUAGUAAUUGACAAUUUUCUAUUAACUUUUUGCAGAUGAGACUGUCUUAACCAGAUAGCUGUUGCGACCCCUUUGAAAAGUAUAUACCUUAUUAUAGUAUGUUUACGUGUUCAUGUCUACAAAUCAUUUUUUCAAAAAUUUCCAUUGAAGUAAUGUAUACCUACAAAAUUAGUUGUUCCAAAAAUGUAUAUUUCCUUAACCAGUUAGCUGUUUUUGGACGAGUAUACUCGUCAUAACAAAAAACUUUGCCAUUUCUUCAUGAUGAGUAUGUUUGUCAAAACCAGCUAACUGGUGAAACUUCUAACAUUCCUUUUCAUGAAAAUCUAAAUUAUGCUUCAAAGUAUUAAACACUGAAAGAAAAGGAACCACAUGCUAGUCUCUCGUUAGUUGAAUAAUUAAAUUAUUCAUUUGUAGCAAAGGGUUAAUAACAUGUUUAACUUGUAUUUGUAGUAUUGUUAAGCUUAUGAUUCUUUGUGGAACCGCAUUUACAACCGUCUUGAACCGCGAGUUGGGCAAGCUUGGUUUAAACAAUAAAUGUGCAUUGUAAAGUGACGAAUUAGGAAACACAUCUCGGUACGUGAAUGUUUUUUAUGAUUUCCACAUGUAAAAAGCAUAUUCGAGGAAACGUCUCGUGUGUGACGAGAUCAACCGGCAACAGAAGAGAUCAUUCAAGAAACAUUUUCUCGUGAACAUAUAUUUAUUUUUAUACUUGCGACAUAUAGCUCCACCUUCACCGUUCGUUUGUCGAAUCGAACAGAUCUAGCGUAACAUUUGUAUCAUUAUGAUAACAUGUAGAAGAUGUGCGAGUGUCGUGUGAAAAAUAAUAAAAAAAGAAGGGAUCGAUGGUGUUAGUUUUUUAUUAGAAAGUUCCUUGGAAAAUUUGUGUAUCGCGUGUAUCAUGUCAUGUUAUAAUGUCGAGGAAUUCCGUUUUCAGAAGUCGGUCUUGGGUCGUUUAGCGAGGUAUGCCUUGAUGUUGGGCAGCGCCUUCACUUUCUCGGUCAGCUUCUUCAGUUCAGGGUGGUCCUUGUUGAAGUCGUGGCCUACAUAAGCGGAUAGGAAUUCUGUGUACGCGGUGUAUAGGAGGUCUGCCCAGGUCAACUGAAAAAGAAAUGAUAAUUGAACUUUAUGCAAACUUCAAAUUUUUCGGAACAAUUUAAAGAAACAAAGAUUAACCUUUUAGCUACGGUAAGAUUAGCAGCGAAGCUACAUGUCUGUACGGCAAAGUUUGACGCGGUUUGCAUAUCACAAAUGUAACACUGGGAUUUGAAACCGAUAGAAUUUUCCAUUGUGCAAUUACGUUAGAUUAGACUGUAAUGUGCACAACCAUCGAUGGCAGAGUAAGAAUUGUGCCAUAUCGUUAAAAAAAAUGAUAUACACGAUAGUCACUAUAGUGACAUACAGUAGCUAAGAAGUUAACUGAA